GGGCGCUGAGAGUGACAGGUGGCUGCUGCCCGCCCAGCCUGCCCAGCUUGCCAGCCGCGCUCUGUCUGUCCAGAUCUCCCGCUCCCGGGCCCGCCAUGGUCACCCCUACAGCCCGCUGGUGUUCCGUGGCGCUCACCCUGCUCUUCGUUCUGCACGAAGGGAAGGGCCAUCUGCCUCCAGGAUCCCCGCCUGCCUCCGGAGCCAAAAGCAGCCACUUGCGCAUCAAGAGAUGUUCCUGCAACAGCUGGCUAGAUAAGGAAUGCGUCUACUUUUGCCACUUGGACAUCAUCUGGGUAAACACGCCAGGACAGACCACUCCUUACGGCCUGGGAAACCCGCCAAGGCGCCGCCGCCGAGCCCUGAGCAGGUGUGAGUGUGCCAGCUCCAGAGACCACACCUGUGCCACCUUCUGUCACCUGCCCCAGCCAAGGUACCUGGCCAAGCCAAAGAUGCCCUCCCACAGCGAGCCUUUGGUAGCCUCUCUUCUUCAGGACACAAAGGCAGGCGCAGGCAGCCGGCUCCUCAGGGCACUAAGGGAUAUCGCCACAUCCCGGGUGCCCGCUUUACUCGGUGGCAGCACAGGUCUCCUGGAGCCUCUGGACCCAACCUGCUGUCUCAGAGGAGGAAGCGAUAGAAAAAAAGAAAGAAAGGAAGCAAGCCCUCUGUCCAGAGCAGCAUUGGCCUGAAGGACCCCAGGCUCCCAAGGGCUUCCAAGCUCCUGGCCCAGGUGGAUGCACAGAGGAGGGGCAGCGUAUGGGCAUGUGGGAGCCUGGAGUCAGGUGCAGAGGAUGGAGACAGUGCCAGAUGCUGGACACCCUGGCACACCCCCCUUUCUACCAUGCUGCUGCUGCUGCUGGGACCAGUGGGGUCUCAUGGGGACCCUAGACCAUUUCACUCAUCCUGGGCACCUCUUAGAGGAGUCCAUGGUGGAUUGUGCCAAUUCAUGGGGUACACUUGGACAGUUCAGCCUGGAACCCCAAAGUCAGCCCACCCAAGGCCAGCCUGUGGCAGAAAGGGCCACCCUGGAGUGUUAUUUCUUCCCCCUGCUCUUCUUCCAACAUUGUUCAUCAACCCGGAUCCUUCUCUGCCUUGGAUUCCUUCCUUUAUUCCUUCAGGGGACCAUGUGAUAUAGUGGAAGGAGCAUGCAUUUGGAAUCAGAGGACCUUGGGUUCAAAUCCUGGCUCUGCUACUUCCUAACUGACUUUGGGCAAGUCCCAUUCCCUUCUUGGCAUUCAGUUUCUUCUUCUGAAACAUGAAGGAGGCCUGGACUAGAUAAUGUCCAAGUUCCCUUUCAGUUCUAGAUCUUCCAUCCUGUUGAAGCCCUGUUGUGUGUCUAAGGUCCCCUGUGCCAGGCUGGGCAGCGGGAGAUACAGACAGAGGCAUCAGUGUACAGCCCUCUCUGGUCAGAUCUGGCUUCUAUCCUGAAUGAUGGAGAGGGAGAGAGAGAGAGAGAGAGAGAGAGAGAGAGAGAGAGAGAGAGAGAGAGAGAGAGAGAGAGAGAGAGAGAGAGAGAGAGAGAGAGAGAGAGAGAGAGAGAGAGAGAGAGAGAGAGAGAGAGAGAGAGAGAGAGAGAGAGAGAGAAUCAUGAAUGAAUGAGUGAAUGGAUGGAUGGAUGGAUGGAUGGAUGGAUGGAUGGAUGGAUGGAUAGAGGCAUGGAAUCUGGGAGGUAACUGCAGCCUCAGGCCAGGAUGUGCCCAAUGCUCACCAGCAGCAGUCCCGGCUGCCCAUUCUGGUCCUCUUCACCCUUCAGCAGAGGUAGUCAGUCUCUGCACAGACUGAGUGGGAAGCCCAGAGCUGCCCUCUGAGACUCCCUUUAAAGAAAUGGAUCCCACAUUCCAUCUGCUCCAUCUGUGGGUUCAUUUCAAAAUUCAGAGGUGGCUGGUUCCAAAAGUCAACUCCCAGAGCCGGGAGACCUUUGUCGUCCAGGCUCAAGUCCAUCGUCAUCCAUCGGUCUCCUUAUUGGCACCUUUGCACAACUGUUUCUUCCUCCAAGACUCUGUUACCUUUUCCUUAAACGAAACCAAAGACUGGAAUGAGGUCACAAGUGCCUUAUCUCCCUUGGCCUGUACAUAAAUUAUUUGUGGUAGCACUGCGAUCAUUCCAAAUAUUUAUUAUUUUGUAAAUGACUGGAUUGUUUACAUGGAAACUCUGUUUGUAAUAAAUAGAAA